CCAGCGCGGCGGGCGGGAGGGGCCGGCGGCCUCGGCGCUGCCGCGGCGGGAGAGGCGCCGGCGGGGUCGGCGGCUCCUCGCGGGAACAAAGCGGGGCCGGCGACGCACGAGCGCAGCCAGAGGAGGAAUGGAUGUAACAUGAUAGCCCUGGAGUCCUCAAAACGCACUGUGGAGAUUCGGUUUUUUGGUUAAGCGCGGCGAAGAAAAUGGAUGAAUCGGCUCUGCUGGAUCUGUUGGAGUGCCCCGUGUGCUUGGAGCGCCUCGAUGCCUCGGCGAAAGUCUUGCCUUGCCAACACACGUUCUGCAAACGCUGCCUGCUGGGUAUCGUGAGCUCCCGGAACGAGCUUCGCUGCCCCGAGUGCAGGACUUUAGUGGACUGCAGUGUUGAUGAACUUCCGAGCAACAUUUUGCUUGUUAGACUACUGGAUGGCAUCAAACAGCGGCCGCGGAAGCCUGGCACUGUUGGUGGGACCGGGGGUGCAAAUAAUUUAAGGGUCCCCAUCACUGCUAAUUGCGGAUCCAAGGACCUGCAGAGCUCUCAGGCUGGGCAGCAGCAAAGGGUGCAAGCACGGAGCCCUCCUGUUAGGGGUGUACCUCAGUUACCAUGUGCCAAAGCAUUGUACAACUAUGAGGGAAAAGAACCUGGAGAUCUUAAGUUCAGUAAAGGAGACAUCAUCAUUUUGCGUCGACAGGUGGAUGAAAAUUGGUAUCAUGGAGAAGUCAAUGGCGUCCAUGGCUUUUUUCCUACCAACUUCGUUCAGAUUAUUAAACCUUUACCUCAACCUCCGCCUCAGUGCAAAGCACUUUAUGACUUUGAAGUAAAAGACAAGGAAGCAGAUAAGGACUGUUUGCCAUUUGCAAAGGAUGAUGUUCUGACUGUAAUUCGCCGAGUGGAUGAAAACUGGGCAGAAGGAAUGCUAGCUGACAAGAUAGGAAUAUUUCCAAUCUCCUAUGUUGAGUUUAACACAGCAGCCAAGCAGCUGAUAGAGUUGGAUAAGCCCUCAGGUUCUGCUGUAGACUCUGGAGAAGGUACCUCUGGGGCAGCCCUCAACAAUUCAGUCCAAAAGCACAGCGAUACUAAGAAAAACACCAAAAAACGGCACUCUUUUACCUCCCUCACUAUGUCCAACAAAUCCUCACAGUCUUCUCAGAAUCGCCACUCGAUGGAAAUUAGUCCUCCUGUCCUCAUCAGCUCCAGCAACCCAACUGCAGCAGCACGCAUAAGUGAGCUGACGGGACUUUCUUGUAGUGCCCCUUCUCAGGUUCAUAUCGGUACUACAGGGCUGAUUGUGACUCCACCCCCUAGCAGCCCAGUCACAACAGGGCCUUCAUUUACCUUCCCAUCAGAAGUUACUUACCAAGCUGCUCUUGGUAAUAUGAAUCCCCCUCUUCCACCACCACCUCUGUCUGCUGCAGUUGUGGCAUCAGCCUCUUCUGGACCUCAGCCUGCAGGUGUAAUUCAAAGGUCUGCAUCAGGAUCAGCUGACCAAAUGGCACAUUUAAGACCACAGACUCGUCCCAGUGUAUAUAUUGCUAUAUACCCUUAUACCCCUCGAAAAGAGGAUGAACUGGAACUGCGGAAGGGAGAAAUGUUCUUAGUAUUUGAACGCUGUCAAGAUGGCUGGUUCAAGGGAACUUCCAUGCAUACGAGCAAGAUUGGUGUUUUUCCUGGCAACUACGUGGCUCCAGCUACGAGGACAGUGACAAGUGCAUCACAAACGAAAGUUCCUAUGUCUACUGCUGGUCAAACAGGACGAGUGGUGACUGUGGUCAGCCCUUCCAGUGCUGGUGGGACAUCUCAGAAGCUCCAGGGGAACGGUGUGGCAGUGAACUCUAGCACCGUACCCACAGCUGUGGUUUCUGCAGCACAUAUCCAAACUAGCCCGCAAACCAAGGUCCUUAUGCACGUGACAGGACAAAUGACAGUCAACCAGGCUCGCAACGCAGUUAGAACAGUUGCUGUACACAAUCAAGACCGGCCUACAGCAGCAGUCACACCCAUACAAGCACAAAGUCAAACAUGCCUUAUUCCUGCAGCUGUGAUCAUUCCCCACCAUUCCGUUGCCUCCCAGCAGCUCCAGUCCCAGCUUCCAAAUACUGCUGCUUAUGUCACAGCUGUGAAUGUGAACCGUUCAGCCAUCCCACUGGCAUGUGCAGCAGCUUCUUUGAAUUCUCCCAGCGUUGCUGCUUCAUCUUUGGAGGGAGAUCUAAGCGGGAGAACUGUGAACACUCACCCUGUAGCUCCUGCGUCUCCAGAGAGCUCUUUAGCAGCUGGUGGUGGUGCUGCUGUCAGUAAAACAGACAAGGAUGUCAAGAAAGAAAAAAAGGGUUUGCUGAAGCUGCUUUCUGGAGCAUCCACUAAACGCAAGCCACGGUUGUCACCUCCAGCAUCUCCAACUCUGGAGGUCGAGCAAGCAGCCGCAGAGUUAGCCCUGCAAGGUGCAGUUGGGCCAGAGCUUCCAUCAGCAGGAGGUCAUAGCAGAGCUGGAACCUGUCCCACUGACUGUGAGGUCUCUGGGCCAGCGCAGGAGAUGCUGCAGCGGAAAACGAGUUGCCUGGAUUCUGCUGUUCCGGUAGCACCACCACCACGGCUGCCUUGCUCGUCCCUGGGUCCGGUCUUGAACGAGUCCAGGCCUCUUGUCUGUGAAAGGUACAGAGUUGUGGUAUCCUAUCCUCCUCAGAGUGAAGCAGAACUUGAACUUAAAGAAGGUGACAUUGUAUUUGUACAUAAAAAACGUGAGGAUGGCUGGUUCAAAGGCACUCUGCAACGAAAUGGAAAAACUGGCCUUUUCCCUGGCAGCUUUGUAGAGAACAUUUGAGAGAAUUGAUUCCAAAAGCUUCAAAUCACACCGUACUGUAAAGUAGCACAAGUGUUUUAUUAGAGAAAGCACAGUCAUGAAAUGUUUUCGAAUGACUGUAAUGUAAACAAAAAUAUACAUAUUUUUACAGUGUCUAUAGCACAAUUACACCAGCAAACAAAGAAGAUGAAGGCAUCUGCUGGUUUUAUCACUUUCUAUUCUUGAGUGUGAUGUGUGCCUUGUACUGUCUGAUUUAUUAUAUAGAAGAACUUUUUUCCCCACGUAUGUUACAUAAAUGAACAAUUGUUUACAAGGCUGUAACUAAUUUAUUGUUUGUUUUUUUUUAAACUUGAAUUUUGUGUAAUAGUUAAAAAUCUCGUGGCUAUGAUUUUAACAAAUUAUUAAUUUAUGAAAGAAUAGCUAAGGGGAAGCUGGAUUCUCUCCUUAUGAGCAAGCGAUUAUAUCUGAUAAAGAGCCUGCCAUUUAUCCUCUGGACAUGUUUCCCCUGCGGUGUUUAACAGUGGAGUAAGUCUCUUGUUUUAUGAGUUAAUAUUGAAUGGUGGUGAUGUGGCGUCAAAUAGAAUUUGCCCAAGUGGGGGAAAAAUGUGUUCUGUUCUUUGAAUGGAGGGAAAAAAAAGUCAGUGGUGUUCUUCAAUCUAGUUCCACUCCUUCAUAAAUCACACAAGUGGAGUAAUGUUUCCAGGAGGCAAAGAUGUACGUGAAAAAAUGUUUGAAAUUCAACCAUCCCAAGGUUAGAGUGAUCUCAAGGUUAGGAAGGAAGAAAUUUCAGAGUGUCAAUGACAGUUUCCCCAUACCUUCUGAUUUUGUAAUAACUGGGCUGUUUGAACAAAGCUUAGCUUUGUAUAUUUGGCCUUUUUUUUUUUUUUUCCUUU